GGAGCAUUGUAUUUUGAACAGCUAGCACUAGCUAGUUAGUAGCUACAAUACAAUAGCCACAACUACUUAGCGUCUGAGAACAAAAGUUACAAGAUUCAAGGUUAUGAAAGGUCAUCAGAGCUAGGUUAGGCAAUCGGCAGAAAGGGUGUCUUGUGUGUGUUAUCAACAACUCGAUCUAGUUUGUGCCUUUUGACGUUUGGCAGUAGGGUACUGUAGUGUGUUACAUUUAGAAACAUAACACUGUCCAAGUUUAGAGAACCAUGAGCGGACUUGGCGAAGAUAGUGGAAACAAAAUAGUGAUGGUGGAGAGGCUGUCGUUGUCCUUCGACAGUCGGUUUUCUCACAUGCCGCUGGCCUGCAGCCCCUCUUACUGUGCCGUACCAUCUGACAGCAACGACUUGUUGGUGUACAACCAUCAGAACCCUGCAGAGAAGCCUGUGCGUCUGUGUGGACACCAUGGAGAGGUCGGGGCUCUGGAGUUCGGGGCGCAGGGCACCCCUGUCCUUCUCUGCUCUGCCUCGGCUGACUAUGUGAUCGUCUGGGACCUGGACAGAUGCAGCAGCAGGAGCAGAAGAGGUCUGGCUGCUGAUGGAACCGUAGUUGGAACCCUCCUAGGCACUGUGGUGCAUCUUUCCUUCAGCAGACUUGACCAGAGAGUGUCUGCCUGCUCGGGCACCUUUAUCUACAUCCUCAGCUCCCAGCAGGAGAAAGUGGGCGGGGCUCUGAAGGGCCACCGGGGCCCGGUGACUGCAGCAGAGUUCUGCCCCUGGGAUCAGGACACAUUGGUGUCCACUGGAGAGGACCGGACCUUUAUGGUAUGGGAUGUGAAUAAGGAAGCUGUUCUCUACCGGUCCAGUGUGUUGUCAGCUUCUCCUCUCCUCAGCAUUGCUUUCCUGGGGGAGAGUAAGCAGCUGGUCACUGGCUCUGCAGAUGGGCAGGUGUGGUGCUUCUCCCUGCCUGGGGACGGCCGCUGUCGGACGGUGAGCCGGCUGGACCUCCACAAGGCCCAGCAGAGACACCAGCAGAGACACCAGCAGAGACACCAGCAGAGACACCAGCAGCACCUGGACACACAGGCCCAGAACAUGGGUGUGGAAAAGAAGCCAGGCUCUGUGGAGAUGGACAGACCGGUCCUCACAAUGUUUUCUCUCUCAUGUAGCUCCAGAUACUGCUCCCCCGAGCAGAGCAGCUGGGUGUGGCUGGGCAGCUCAGAUGGUCUGUACCUGAUUGACCUGGCAACAUCCGAGAUUUUGACCACUCUAUGUUUCAGAGAUUAUCCCAGUCUGAACAUCACCCUCGCUGGAUCCUGGUCCUUCUGCCAAGGAAGAGACAACAAUGUGGUGUGUCUGGCCAGCAGUCUGUUUGUUCCUGCAGUAUCAGUGUUGGAGGUGAAGAUGCCAGGUUCCAUAGACAGUCUGUUUGCAAGCCUGGCCCCGGCUUGGCCUACACAUCUGUCUGUCUUCCCCAGUGCUCCUCCUAUCCCAAGCUCCCCCCUGAACACUCAGCUGAGGAGGAAAGAGACGAAACAACCCAAGAAAACAGGGGUCAGAGAGCAGCCUCUGGUGUUCCACUCCCAGGUGCGGUCAUCAGGAUACCACCAGGGCCCAAGGAGGACCAUGUUUUCACCCAAAACCAAUGUUCCGAAGACCCCAGGUCACACGAAGCCCGACCACUCCAGAAGUCUGCUGAGAGAUUACCCAUCAGACACUGUGGCGCCGAGUGUUCUACACGCUCACCUGAGCACAGGCCCCUCCCCCACACCUGUCUGCUGCUGCCAGUAUUCAGGAGAUGGGAAGCAGAUUCUUUGUGGCAUGGGAGACCGAUCUGUGUUGCUGUACAAGUCUACUCUAACUGGACACCCUGCAGUUUACACCGGUCAUGACAAGGCCGUGAGCAGGGUGUGUUGGAGCCACAGCAGACAGUGGUGGCUGAGUGCAUCAGAGGACCGAACCGUCAACAUCUGGUCCUCCAGCAGCCCUGACCCUAACCCUAACCCUGACCCUGACCCUAACCCUGAGCCUUCCCUCACUCUGGCGGCUGACAGGUUCCCUAAGACAAUCAGAGCUGCUCAGUUCUACUACUUGGACCGCUUCCUGUUGCUGGCGUCUGGCCCCUCCCUGCUCCUCUACCUGCUGCACCUGGACGACUCCCGAGACUCCAUCAAAAGGUAUCACCAGAGGAGUGCUGUCCAGCUGGGGUGUCGUCUCCAGACCUCUGCCUCCACAGACAUCACCUCCCUGUCCGCCGUCAACAGCUUCCACUCCUACCUGGUCCUGGCGUGUGGGGCGGACCGCUCGCUCCAGGUGAUGGACCUGAACCAGGACACAGUGGCAGCACAGGUCCCUGAGGCCCACAGCAGAGCUGCCCACCACAUCACACAGAACCAGGGCUCUAUGUUCAGCUGUCAGACUCCAGACUCCUACAACCUGUUCCUCACCAGUGCAGUCACAGAUGGGCUGAAACUGUGGGACCUGCGCUCUCUCAGGUGUGUACGUCGCUAUGGUAACCACCUGAACCGCUGCCACCUCUGCACAUGUGCCUUCUCCCCCUGUGGACGCUUCAUCUGCUCCGGCUCCGAGGACGGCUGUGCCUAUGUAUAUGACCUUCGUCACAGCGCCUACCUCCACAAGCUGCACAAGCAAUCUGAUGUGGUCCUCACAGCUACUUUCAACCCUGCUACACCUGAGCUGCUGACCGGGACCCUGGAUGGGCAGCUUGGUGUGUUUCGACCCAGCGAUGGGGCCAGCCUGUCCUGUGUCUAACCCUGCCCAGCGAUGGGGCCAGCCUGUCCUGUGUCUAACCCUGCCCAGCGAUGGGGCCAGCCUCUCCUGUCUCAAAACCCUGGAGAGUAGAGGGCUCCACAACCAAGACCAGAGACCAGUAUCAUACACACACAGAACACACACACCGUGUAUUCGUCACGACAACACCCAAACACAGAUGUGGUCAGGAACAAACAUCUUUCCAUAGUCAGUUGCCUGGAGUGUGACUUCUUUCUUAA